CAGUUUGCAAGGCUGGAGGACGUGUCGGUGGCAGAAACAGAGUCGGGGAUGUUGCGUGAUAACGUUCCAUUCCCAGAGGUGCUCAUCGACGAGCGCGACAGGUUCAUGGCCAGCACACUGCGAGACACUCCCGGAAAGACUAUCGUGGCAGUGGUUGGCAAGGGCCAUGUACAUGGUAUAACACAGUUUAUGGACAGGGAUCGCGAUGUGGACAGCUACAAGCUUAGGCAGUAUCUAGAGGAGACAAAGGAGCCAAGUGCACUAUCAAAGUAUGGCUAUCCAGCUACCGUGGCAACAGUGUUGGGAGCACCGGCCAGCAUUGCCAUGGGAUCAAUUUAUACAUUCAGACGCUUGGUGUUGGGGCGAAGGACUAGUCCGGCCAUCUUGGCAGCCGGAUUCAUUGGAUGUGUUGGCGCCGAGCUGGCGCUGGCCUCAUAUUGCAUCAACAGAGUAUAUCGUAAACUGGACGACAUGUGCGAGUAUGCAGAUACAUUAAAG